UACUUGUUAGAUCAGGAGUAAACAUGUUGGAAAUAAAGCAAAGGAGGAGAAGCGGAUGGCAUUUACAUGAUGAUCCCGAAAAAAUUCUUGAACGGAUUAAUCCUACGGAUAUUAGAGAUGAAAUUAAAUCAGUGUUUGAAUGUGUAAAUGAUGAGCUUGAUAUGUUAGAGUCGGAAUUGGAUCGAAUAAUGAGCGAUGCAAUAAGAGUUUUUUAA